CAACCAAGUUGACAAAAUGGGUUUUCACAUGGGACGACAGCUGCUACUCUCCGGAUUCCUGCUGGUGAUGCUUCAGAUGGUGACCCAAACGCAGGCCAGGCCGCAGGAUGUGAUCACAGUUGCUGGCGAGGAGACAGAGGUGGUGAUCAAGCGGGAGGGCGAUGACGAUGGAGACGACGAUGACUCCUCCUCCGAGGAAACAGUCGAGGAUUCCGAGGAAAGCAGACGCAGACGACGCGAGGUGAAUACGGACAACACGCCAUCGGCUCGAGCGGUUAUUCCAGGUUUGCCAGAUCCGGCCACCAUAAUCAAGAUCGCUGAGCUUUUUCAAUCCGUAGGCGAGCAAGUAGUCCCCAUUCUCUUGGAGGCCAUUCUUCCCAGCGUGGAUGCAGCGGGCGAUCGCUUCGCAAGAUCUGUGCAAUUUCUGAAAAACUUGACCCCUGGCUCUGAAUUGUUUGCCGUCGAGAAGAACGAAUAGCCGAGCCAAAUUUAAUGUGACUACCAUUGAAGGAACUGGACCGGAAUUGAUUUGACUUUUGUAUCUGCAUAGUGAAUCUUAAACAAGUGAAUAAUAUUUGGAUGUAGUUUGGUUUCUUGAGUUUCU